CUACACCUACACUCUACUCGAUAUGGCUCGUUUGGCGAUAAAGCUGCCAGUUGUCGGCACAUCACACAGACGGCUUUUCAAAGCAACGACUUAACACGAUAGACGUGAAAGCAUUAACAUCUCGCUCUUCUCGCACUUUCAUUGGGGGGAGUUCAUUAUGUGGGAUCCCUGUGAUUUGGCCCUCUCGGUGAGUUCACGUGCCGCCACCCAACCGAGGACUCCUUUCAUCACAGGGCAGCGACGCUAAUUGCCGAGCCAGAGCCAGAGAAGCGCUGAAGUGGAAAGGUGAUUAAAUUCAGCCUUUAGAGCGGAGGGCAGCGAGCAAAGCACUCGUUCUUUCCGAGCCCACACCGCUGACGCAGUAGAGCCCACCCUUAACACCCCUCCUCCCACUGCGAGUGUAUGCGCGCACACAUAUAUUGUGUUUGCGUGGCUGUGAAAGGCUCAGACACUGUUGGCAGCGCACACUGCUCCCGCGCUUCAUGCCAGCGCCGCUCAGCUGCGCUCCUAUUUGUCCACCCGCCCGCUCACGCGCACGCUCCCCACACACUCCGCCAGGCUGGGUGUGAGGAACGGCAUGGAAUGGAAUCUCAGAAGGAUGGAGAGCGAACUGAGACAGAUCAAUCCUGACUUGCUGCAGCCCAGCAAGAGCUUUAAGAAACCUUCCUCCGGCACAAUCACCAUCAACGUGGGGGGCUACCUGUACGCCGCACAGCGCCAGACCCUGGCCAAGCACCCCGGCUCCCUGCUGGAGGAGAUGGUAACCGGGAAGAAGCCCGUUCUCCACGUGGACUCCAUGGGUAACACCUUCAUCGACCGUGACGGGCCCAUCUUCCGGCACGUGUUGAACUUCUUGCGCAUGGGCGAGCUGGUGCUGCCCGAGGACUUCAAGGAAGCCGAGCUGCUCCGCCGCGAGGCCGACUUCUAUCGGCUGAGCGAGCUGGCGCAAGCCCUGCAGGACUGGGAGCAGCAGCAGGCCGGCCAGCGCGAGCCCGCUUUCCUGGAGGUGACGGACAGCCACGAGCGCUCGCAGGGUCUGAAGGUCUACUGCAGCGACAGCAGCUUCAUAGAGAAGGUGAAAAACCGCCUAGUGCAGAUCUCCAAAAGUCGCUUGGAUGGCUUUCCGGAGGAGUUCGAGGUGUCAUCAAACAUCAUCCAGUUCCGGCAUUUCAUCAAGUCGGAGCAGGGCUCUCGGCUUGUGCUGAAGCAGGACAGCACAUUUUUGUGUACACUAGAGUGUCUGAAGCUGGAGACGGUGAUGCUGGCACUCAAAGGAGGUUUUCGCCUGCUCACCAGCCUAGACAGCAGUCGCGGAUCAGUGGUUCAGUGCGAGGCUCUGCAUUUUGUCAAGUGACCCGAGCAGAACUGUCACCACUAACCACAUGACCUGCUGAAAACCAUCUUGCAUCAACAAACACCAGCGCCCUCAACCGAAAACCUGUUCUGGAAUAUUCUGCUAAUCUGCUUCUACAUGACACACUCCAACACGGACUGCCUUGAGAAACAAGAGAGAUGAUAUGUACUGUGAUGUGGGGUUUUGUUUGGUUUGUGUAUGUAGUUGUCUUCUGUUUACAGUUGUUUUUACAGGAAGAGCAACAGUUUAUGCAGUGUAGAUGAUGAUGAUGAUGAUGAUGAUAAUGAAUCUGAAUUGCAGAGUACUGUGGAAUUAAAAGGCUGAGUGUGAUGAUCAUUACAUUUGUGAGCAAGUUUUGUGAUUUCUGGUAAUGUGAGCACAUGUAGUAAACAACAGGUUGUAAUUUUGAGUCUGUGAAUGUUUUGCACAAUAAAGCCUCAUUAUAAUUUAUUCAAAGCACUGUUGAAAUGUUUAUAGAUGAGACUGUGGUUCAUCUUCAAGGUGAAAUAUACACUGACAAACACUGCAUAUAGUUUUGUCUGUGAACUGUGGAAUGUAUGCUGACAAACUACAGUGUGCUGUAUAAAUAUAGCUUUAUUUUUUUCUGAUUUGCAGUAAUCGGCUUGUAAGAAAGAUACUCUGUCCUAAAUUGAAGGUUUGCUACAUUAUGCAGCAAAAUGUGACCUAAAAUUAAAUUUCCUCCAGCAUUGAUCCAAA